AGUCUUUGGCUCAGCGCCCGGAAAAGGGAAGUUGGGACGCUUCCAGGUGGUCCGUUGUCAAAACGGCGACGGGCACGGGAUGGGAAAGGGCCCGGAGUAUGCCACAGCUGAGUCUGUGGAGGCUCUGAAGGCUGAGCUGAAGCAACAAGCCAACUCAGCAUUAAAGAAGGACCAAGCUGCGAAAGCAUGCGAAAAGAGGAUUGAAAGCAAUCAGAAUAAGAUCACCGAAUUGCAGGUGACCUUUGAUGAACAACAGACCAAAUUGCAGGCACAGGAAGGUGCAGUGAAAUCAAUGCAGGAGCAGAAUGCCAAGCUUCAGCAAGACUUGAACAUUGAGACAGAGAAGCUUCAAAGCCUUCAGAGCGAGAAUGAGGAGCUCAAGAAGGCCGUCUCAAGUGUUGAAGCCUUGGCAAAGCAAAACUACGAAGCAUUGCAGGAGAUGCAACGUCAGGCACGGGAAGAGCAGAUGGAAGAGUUGAAGAAAGCUCGGGAGGAUUUGCAGAAACAUGCGUUGGAAGCAGCUCGCAAGGAUGCCACUGAGGCCAAAGAUGAAGCCAAAAAGGAAUUGGAGGGAGCGAAAAAAGUCGUUCGUGGAGAGAUGAGCCAAGGCCUCGAAAAGCUGGAGAAGAAUCUCACCGAAAGCAUGAAGGAGAGCUUCAAUGCGCUUGACAAGAACGUGAGGGAAACGAGACUAGCGCUUGAGGCACAGUGUGAUGCUGUGAUGACAGAGACCAGGCAAAAGCAGGAGGCACUGGAGGAAUCCUUGGGCGAGCGCAUCAAGCGCGUGGAAGAGGAAACCCGAGAGCAAAUGGAAUUGCAGCGGGCCGAGGAGAAGAAGUUGCGAGAAGCACUGGAGGAGAGCCUCACAGCUGAGCUGAACAGCUUGGAUUUGAAGUUCUCAGAGAGGUGUGAGGAUUUACUCGAGCGUCAGCUGAAGGACUGUGAGGACUUGCAAGAGCUCCGACGGGAGGCCGAGGCGCGCUCUGCGGCGGUGCUCGCUGAGGGCCGGGCCACCGCCAGUCUGCUGCAAGGUGAGACGAUUCGGCUGAACAGCUUCUGUCGCGGGGUCUCUGGCCUGCCCACCAGGCAGGUGGAAUGGCGGUUGCAUGAAGAUACCGUGAAGCAGUUAGAAAAGCUGCAAGAAAUCCGUGAAGAUACAAGUGAUGAUCCCGUCUUGUCGGGAGAUGCACAGAUCAGCUUCUUCUCUCCAGCCUUUGAGGCUGCGGGCACGAGCGGCUUACAAUUAGAGCUGCGAGUGCACACCAAGAAUGGAGCUGAACGCGGAGAUGAAGAAGAUGGCUCUGGCAAUCAAUGUUCCUUGUACUUAUGGGCUUCUGCUGGCUUGCAGCUGGUCUUCCGCCUCUUCCUGGGAACUGAGUCCGUGAUCCUGCGUCAUAGCUUUGAUGGCAAGACGCCUUGUGGCUUGAAGCGGAUGGGCUCCAUUCUGGAGCAAAAGUCAGUGGACGGCUCGCUUCGUUUGGGCAUCGAGAUCCAUGAGUCUUUGGUGGAAAGUGUCGCUUCUGCUGGCAGUCACUCCAAUCCAAUGGCAGCAGCAGGAGAGCCACAAGGACCCGUGGAUGGCACACUGUCAGUGCAGCGCUACCUGAACCACCGGUUGCUUGAAUUGAUGCAGUCACAAGGGCGGGCUUUCUUGGAUCAGCUUCACAAAAAGGUGGAUGUGAUGCGCUCAAGGGCUGUCCGCCGUGUGCAGUGGCGCUUGGAGAAUGGGCCUUUACUUUUUCAGACUUUUGCCAAAGAACAAGCUGUGCGAAGUACAGCCUUCCAAGCAGCUGGCAUCAGUGGAAUGCAACUGGUUUUCUAUCCGCAAGGCUGUGCCGGUGCAAGGCCCGGCUUUUGCUCCUUCUUCUUGAGCUGUCCGCCCAACGUGACCUUGCGCUGCUGGCUUUGGGCGGGGCGAUGGCGCCGCGAGGCGCGGCCAGAACCGGUGGAGCAGCCCGACUUGGUGGGGCGGGUAAACUUCGCUCGCUUUGAAAAUAUCAUCGACCCGGUGGAUGAAUCCGUGGAUUUGGUCCUCGAGAUCGAAGAAGCUCAACAGACCUCAAAGGCUACCAUGAGCAGCCAACCCGUUGCCUUGCCUUUGGAAGAUUCUUCCUAUGAGCGAAGUGAGAUGAACAGGUCAGGGGUCACAGGAAAUGGCACACAGUCAAUGUCAGAAACUUCCAAGGAUUUGGGUCGAAUCGAGCGAUCCGAUGCAGCAACCACUAAGAUCCAGCACCAUGGCAAGCCCACAGAUGGUGCCGUCCAACAACUUCCAUCGAUUUGGACGACGCAAGGCUUCUAUAGCUUCAGAGACUUGGAAAGUUCAACCACAAGCACCACGAGCAACAAGAAAGCACCCCUCACACCGAGGUUGCCACAGGGCCAAGGCCAAGGUCGCACCAAACGGAAAGGAAAUGUUGGAAACUCCGAACGACAAGUGGCCUCUGCAAGAGAAAGGUGAUUCAUUGUGCUUCUGCGAAUUCGAAGAUGUUCCUGAUGUCCUUGCUAAGCAAGAGUCCGUAACCGCGAGACGCAUGACAAAAGGCCUCA